AUGAACAACCGGAACAAACAGAUCGAACCCGGUUCUGGUACUGGCUCCGGAGGUAACCGCCGGAUGUACAACUGUGACAUAUGCAUGAGAGGUUUCACAAAUCCCCAAGCCCUUGGUGGUCACAGAAACCUCCACCGUAAGGAACGCGAACGAAUCCUCUCCUCUUCCUCCUCUUCUUCGCAGUCAUUACCCUUUUCAACUUCUCUACCGUCUCAGUCACUUUAUUACACAAACCCUAGUAACAACAACCCACGUCCAUAUUUUCCGACCAUUGAUUCAUACCACUAUCAAACGUUUCAGCCACCGACUAACCCUAGCUACAGCACACAACGCUUUGAAACAUCAUCAUCACCAAGAAGAGGUAAUUACGCUCAAGGAGAGUCUCUUGGUCUCGAUCUGAGCUUACGGCUCGGAUCCGUCGAUGUCGGUAAUAAUUCUCACCAGUGGCUGCAAGGCGCCGGAGUUUCUCAGCCUGAGCAAGAUGAUGAUCUUGAUCUCAAUCUUCGACUUGGCGGUCAUCAUCAUCGUUAA